AUGAAGCUGCAAGCACGGAAAGUCGAAGCACUCGAGGAGCUGCGGCGUCAAUGGCUUUCUGGCGAAAGGAAACUUCCGAACCAUGUUCCGCCGCUCGGUUCGCUGGGACGCGUCCUUGGCGACGAUGGUCGCGACGUCCCUGCUCCCACAUCUGACACGCGCCAAAACACCGGGCUUGGACCUAAGUGGGGAACGUCAACGCCGCCCUCACAGCUCCCGAUCGGAUACUUCGAGCAGUACAUGACGCCCCACGCCAAGUUCCCGUCGAGCAGCGCUGUGGUCGCCACGGAAAUGUUCUCGUUCCGCCUCAAGGGGGGCUCUUCUUCUAAGAGGCGACCUUCUUCUUCCGCUGGUGGUGGUGGUGGUGGCAUCCGGUCAGGUUUCCUGAACGUGUUCGCGUACCUGCACGCCGACGGGAUGGUGCGCCUUCGCGACACGGACGCGGAAGAGAUUCUCGUCUUCGAUGCGGGGCACACCCGCAGAGAGGCGUCGCCCUCUCUGACCACGGCGGACUCUUCGUCUUCAGCCACCGCCGAUGCUGGAUCUCUGAAAGAGGCAGCGGUAUCAGCAGCGGCGACGGCGGCGGCGGAGACGGCAACGCCAGCAGGCGUAGUCGGCAUGACCGCGGACUCUUCCGAGUCAGGCCCCGUGCUUGUGACGGCCGGCGCAGACGGCACCGCGCGGGUCCACGCUCUCGCGGUCUACUAUCGGGGUAGGCAAGUGGCCGGGGUCGGGGUGAGAGGGGGACGCAGCGACCCCAGCGGCAGGAGGAAGAAGGCAGAGGCCAGCGAUCCUAGCAGCAGCAGCACUAGGGGUGAAGCACCUCGUCGAGGCACAGGGUCGAGCGAGAAGAAAGGCGAUCACGGCGGCGAUAGGCCGCACGGGUCCCCGCCGCCACCGCCGGCGACGGCGAUGGGCGUUGGCGUUACCGUGGAGUUCAAGACGUGUCUGGGCUCUGCGUGCCGGAGUCCUGACGGUUUGUCGCAGCUCCGGGGGAUGGGGGGUGACGGUGAGACCGUUUCUGUCGGUAACGGCGGCGGCGGCGACCAGGAGACCGCCGGGUCGGUGUCGGGAAGCUUGCCGCCGCAGGGAGAAGAAAUGGCGACAGUCAUCACUAGCAUGGACGCGUUCUUCCACCGGUCGCUUGGUACAACGGUUGUGAUCGCCGGGUACUCCUCCGGCGGAGUGAGCUUUUACCAUGCGGGCAACGGGACGCAGCUUGCUUCUGUCGAUACUGGAAGCAGCGCGGUUCUUGCCGUGAAGCGGGGCGGCCAGUCAAUCGCGUUCACCGACGGAGAAGACGUACACUUCGCCAGCUCUACCAAGUUCACGAGGGCGCCGGGUCGCGUGUGUCGAGGGGGCCGCCGGAGCGGCGGCGGCGGCGGCAGUAGCGGCGGAGGGGAACCGGCCGUGGUGACCGCGCUUGCCUUCGACGCCGUGUCUACGGGGGUCCUCUACGUGGGCUUUGGGACCGGAGACGUCAUGGCUUACGACAGCAGGGUUCAAGAGAUGGACAGCUCCUACGCGUGCCUGCCGUCCUACCGGCUCCCGCCGCCGCUCCCGCAGCAGCGCCCCUCGCCACACGCCGACCCAAGCACCGCUACAGCAGCCGGCGACGGCGGAAGCGGCGGUAUUCUGCUCGGAGGGGGGGGGUGCGAUUCAAUUUCCACAGUCCGCGGGUACGCGAUCGUGUCUCACGGCGGCCUGCUGUCGGUGUACAACACGACCGACCAUGCCGGCCGGUUGCUGUUCACGACGCACGCAACUGCUGCUGCUGCUUUAGCAGAGGGGGCGAGAACGGAGGACCACUGCGGAGCACCCCUUUCUCCCGGCACCGAGAGCAGAGGAGGCGGUGUGGGGGCUGCCGCUCUUGCGGCGGCGGCGGCGGCGGCCCCUUCUGGUGGGAGGACGUGGUCUGUGAUGUCGUCGUCGGGUAGCGGGGAGGUGCUGGUGGUGGAGGCCUCUCGUUGCUCGGCGGAGGUGGUUGUCCACAGGGCGGUCCUGCCGUACGAACGGAACGGGCCGGACAUGUCGUGGGUGCGAUUCCCGGUCUUGUUGCUGGGGCUGUUCGUCGUGGCGAUCACACAAGUCUACAGCAGGCGAGCGGCAAACAACGCCGCGGGCAGGACCAGCAGGAAGAAGGGGAGGAGCGGCAGCAGGGGAUGGAGAGGUGCUGGCCUCAGCGACGAGGAUGACGACGGCGGCGGCGGCGGCGGCGGCUUUUCGGCCGACGCCCUGGCGCAGCUUCGGGACGAUCUGAGCGAGAGAACGUCGCGUCGCCGAGACUGGGGGGGUCGCCGGCUAGGGUCCGGCAGGGGGGGGGGCGGAGGCGGCGCUCGAGAACAGCUGUCGUGGUCGUCGUCGUCGUCAUCGCGGUUACCGGCGCCUCGGCAGGGAUACGGGGACCCUUGGGCGGACGAGGGCUCCGACUGAUUCUAGCGAUAAUUCGACGAUAUCCGGAAAUGCGAGAAAGCUGAUAAAGAAAGGGGGUCAUUGGUGCUUAACGGUGGGGUGGUGUUGUGGUGAUUUGCGCUUGGUAUGCGGAGGGAGGGGAAACGCCUUGUCGCGUGUGGUUAUUGGUCCUUUUUUGGAUGGUGCGGUGUUGUGAUUUUUUAUCUGUUGCGCUUGGUAUGCAUCGGUCGCGGGGGAGGGGGGGCGCGUUGUCGGGUGUGAUCUCCGGGGCGGGAUUGGCGCGAUCGCCGAAUCCGGAACAGAUUUUGGUCGAGAUCUUGUGUAUAUUAGGAAACCCUUGGGGAGAUGGCAGGUUCCGAUCUUGACUUGGCGAGACUUGAUGUGCACAAGAGAUGCCCGGAAUUUGCUGAGAUUGAUACAAACUUGAACGUUUUGUGACUCAACUCUCUUGUGUUUAUUUUUUUGUGUUCACUAUUUUUUUUACUAAAUAGGCAAUACAGCACCGCCGAAGAAGCAGCAUGUUGUAGCUGUUGUUGUGUUUCGAUCUGUGACUUCCAACGAGGUUGUUGCAAUUCCGUUGUCUUCACAUUAAGACCCCUCAACGGGUUCCAGCCAUAUUCGUCUGAUGUCAUUGGGGACUGUUGCUAGGGUCGAGGGAAAAAGAAACGUU